AACGGAAGCAAAAAGUCCAGUAACGCAAAAGGCGACGUCGGUCGGUUGUCCUGCGCCUAUUGCCUAUUGCGCCAUCACAAGCAAGAGGGGUCAAGGCUCAUAUUACUUGACUACAUACGCUCAGAGACCUCUCAAACAAGCUGAAUAGAUUGGAAGCAUGCCGUACUGGGUAUUUGGAUAUGGAAGCUUGAUCUUCAAACCACCCCCACACACUGUCGAGCAGAAAUCAGGAUACGUCAAGGGUGUCGUUCGGCGCUUUGCCCAGUCUUCGAAUGACCAUCGUGGGACGCCCGAGUUGCCUGGGAGGGUUGUGACGGUGGUGGAGGCGCCGGUGUGGCAUCGUCUGGAAGGCAAAGAAACUGAAGAUGGACAAGUGCUGGCAGACGAUUAUGUAUGGGGUGUAGCAUACCGGAUAGACCCCGAGAAAGAGGCAGAAGUGCAAGCUUACAUGGAGUAUCGCGAGAAGAACGGCUACACCUGCCACCACGUCCCAGUGUAUGGUCUCUCGGCAGACGGCAAGCAAGAGUACAUUGUUGUUCAAGAUGUCAGCUUCCCUGCCAGCUGUCACUGUCCAGCUAGCUGCUGACUAGAGGUAUAGUCAACGAUAUGGAUAGGAAAGCCUGAUGAUCCUGCAUUCGUUGGAUACGAACCAUUAGACAAGAUAGCGCAAACGAUAGCCGUCCGCUCGGGGCCUUCUGGACCCAACAAAGAGUACUUGUACAAACUCGCAGAGAGCGUCAAGAACCUCUAUCCACAUGUCAAAGAUGACUAUCUGUUUGCUCUGGAGGUAUGUCCCCGCCUCAUCCGCCCAACCUGAGCGGCAUCCUCAUGUGACUUGAAGUCGAGAUGAAGAUGGAGUGGGAAGCUGACGACCUUUGGUUUAGAACAAAGUCAGAACAUUGGACCUCGUUCGAGCAUAGCUCACUUUUUGGGCUAUAUGCAGUUUGCAUGCAUGAUGCCCAUUCGCCUUUUCGUGAACUAGUCACAUUGGGUGCUUAGCUUGGAUUCGCGCGGGUGAGCAGACUUGUGAGGUACACCUUCAAUAAGACUGUGCAACAACAUGAUAUCACUUCCAGUACAGACUAUGCAUAAUGCCGACUCGGAUCAAGGCCCUGUCCUAUGGGUCUAUCAAAGGCUGCACG